CGCGGUGGGGGAGGCGCUGAUAGGACUAUGCCGAGCGGGGCCCUGCCCGCGCCAAACGCUGUCUGAGCCCGUGUCCUGCCUGGGCGGCGGUAGGAGCCGCUGGGCCGCCCCCGACAUGGCCGAGCCCUCGGUCCCCUCCUCCGGCGGCGGCGGCUCCCUGCCGCUCAUGGAAUCAGAGCUCUACUUCCUCGUCGCCCGCUUCCUGAGCACCGGGCCCUGCCGGAGAGCGGCGGAGGUGCUGGUGCAGGAGCUGGAGCAGCACCAGUUGCUUCCUAAAAGGUUGGAUUGGGAAGGAAAUGAGCAUUGUAGAAGUUAUGAAGAUUUGGUCUUAUCCAACAAACAUGUGGCUCCAGAUCAUUUGUUGCAAAUUUGCAAGCGUAUUGGCCCUAUACUGGAUAAAGAGAUUCCACCCAGCAUUUCACGAGUGAAUUCCUUACUUGGUGCAGGGAGGCAGUCAUUGCUACGUACAGCAAAAGAUUGCAGGAAUACUGUUUGGAAGGGCUCUGCUUUAGCUGCUCUUCGUAGAGGAAGACCUCCUGAAAUUCCUGUGAACUAUGGCCCUCCACCAAACCUUGUGGAAGUAAAUCGUGCAAAACAAUUAACUGGGUAUGCAACAUAUAGAACAUCAUUUCCAGGAAGUAUGUAUCAGCACAUAAGGAUGCAUAGGCGGAUUCUUGGCCAUCUCUCUGCAGUCUACUGUGUUGCAUUUGAUAGGACUGGACACAGAAUAUUUACUGGUUCAGAUGAUUGCUUGGUGAAAAUUUGGUCUACUCACAAUGGCCGCUUGCUCGCCACACUACGAGGUCAUUCAGCCGAGAUUUCAGAUAUGGCUGUGAAUUAUGAAAACACUAUGAUUGCAGCUGGAAGCUGUGAUAAAAUGAUCAGGGUAUGGUGCCUGAGAACUUGCGCACCAGUUGCUGUGCUCCAGGGACACACGGGAUCCAUUACAUCUUUACAGUUUAGUCCAAUGGUCAAAGGCUCCAUGCGCUACAUGGUAUCUACUGGUGCAGAUGGAACAGUUUGCUUUUGGCAAUGGGAUGCAGAUUCCAUGAAAUUCAGUAAUCGGCCAGUGAAGUUUACAGAGAAAUCCAGGCCUGGAGUUCAGAUGCUUUGUUCUUCUUUUAGCAUUGGUGGUACAUUUCUAGCAACAGGCAGUACAGAUCAUGUUAUCAGGAUGUAUUUUUUUGGCUCUGAAACACCUGAAAAAAUAGCUGAACUGGAAAGCCAUGCUGACAAAGUGGACAGCCUUCAGUUUUCGAACAGCGGUGAUAGGUUCAUAAGUGGCAGCAGAGAUGGAACAGCCCAUAUCUGGUGCUUCCAGCAAACAGAAUGGAGGAGCAUCUUGUUGGACAUGGCUGACAGGUUACCAGGUGACUCUCAUUCUGAAGAAGACCGAUUUAUGAAGCCUAAAGUAACAAUGAUAGCUUGGAAUCAAAAUGAUAAUUUUGUUGUUACUGCUGUGAAUAAUCAUCUGCUAAAAGUUUGGAAUUCUUAUACUGGGCAAUUACUUCAUGAUAUGGUGGGACAUACGGAUGAAGUAUUUGUGUUGGAGACCCACCCUUUUGAUUCAAGGAUUAUGUUAUCUGCAGGCCAUGAUGGCAAUAUCUUUAUAUGGGAUAUUACAAAAGGCAUCAAAACUAAGCAUUAUUUUAACAUGAUUGAAGGACAAGGACAUGGUGCUGUUUUUGACUGCAAGUUUUCAUCAGAUGGACAACAUUUUGCCUGUACAGAUUCUCAUGGGCAUCUGUUGAUAUUUGGUUUUGGGUGUAACAAGCCUUAUGAAAAGAUUCCUGAUCAGAUGUUCUUCCACACUGACUACCGACCAUUGAUUCGAGACGCUAACAAUUAUGUCCUAGAUGAGCAGACACAACAGGCUCCUCAUCUCAUGCCACCUCCGUUCUUAGUAGAUGUGGAUGGAAACCCUCAUCCAACAAAAUACCAGAGAUUAGUACCAGGAAGAGAGAACUGUGCAGACGAACAUUUGAUUCCUCAACUGGGAUAUAUAGCAACAAGUGAUGGAGAGGUUGUUGAGCAAGUGAUAGGCCAGCAAACUGUUGACCAGGAUGAACAAAGUCUGGAACGCAACAUUCUUGAUGGCAUGAUAAGACAGUUACAGCAACAGCAAGACCAAAGAACUGGAUCAGAUCAAGAAGUUGUUCCAAAUGGACUACAAAAUGGAGAAGGAACACCUAGAAGAGGGUUUAGAAGGCCAAGUUUAGACAUCCAGUCCCCCCCAAAUAUUGGUCUGCGUCGCAGUGGGCAAGUGGAAGGUGUACGUCAAAUGCAUCAGAAUGCUCCACGAAGUCAAAUUGCCACAGAGCGAGACCUUCAAGCUUGGAAACGAAGAGUAGUUGUACCAGAAAUACCACUGUAUUUAUUCAGAAAACAGGAGGAGUACCGUAUUGCAAAAGGAGAGGAAGAGAGAGCGCUCUAUACAACAGAGAGGAAAAGGAAGACAUUUCAGUUCUCAGAAAAGAGUGACUCUGAAGCUUCACUGAUACAAUCCAAGCGUAGACUGCAUAGGCGUAAAUAUCCAAGUUAUCGAACACGGAAUAACACAGAACAACUUGAUUCAUCUGAUGAGGAAAGGGAUGACUGUUUUGGCUUUAUAAACCAGGAAGCAGAAGAAAGUGACUGUUUGGAUUCUUCUGAUGAGGAGGAAGAAUGGAAAAGUGACAAGAAAAGCAACAGUAACAGUUCUAGUGACUCUUCAAGUAGAUAUUCUGACUGGAUAGCUGAUGCAGGAAUAAAUCUCAAGCCUCCUGUGCGAACGUCUCGACGCAAAGCUAUCAGAUAUUGUAGUACUUCAGAAGAUGAAGUAUCAGCAGAGAAAUCUUCUCCUCCAAAGAGGAGAAGAAAAAGAAGGAAAAAACCCAAACCGAAAAAGCAGGAAGAGAAUGUGCAGAAUAGUACUCCCACACAGCCCGUAAACGAAGAUGUGUUAUAUGACUACCAUCCUCCUGUUUGGAUAACUGACACAGCACUUCGAAAAUCUCCUUUUGUUCCCCAAAUGGGUGAUGAGGUAAUAUAUUUUCGACAAGGUCAUGAAGCUUAUAUUGAAGCAGUCAGAAAAAAUAAUAUUUAUGAACUAAACCCCCACAAGGAGCCAUGGAGAAAAAUGGUCCUUAGGGAUCAAGAAUUGGUAAAAAUUGUUGGGAUACGAUAUGAAGUUGGUCCUCCUACACUGUGUUGCCUGAAGCUUGCCUUUAUAGACCAUGCCACUGGAAAACUUUCAGACAAAUCAUUUUCUCUCAAAUACCAUGACAUGCCAGAUGUCAUUGACUUCCUUGUAUUGCGUCAGUUUUAUGAUGAAGCACGGCAGAGGAAUUGGCAAGCUUCUGAUAGAUUCAGAUCCAUUAUUGAUGAUGCUUGGUGGUUUGGAACAGUGUUGGGUCAAGAGCCAUAUCAGCCACAGUAUCCAGAUAGUCACUUUCAGUGUUACAGUGUUAAAUGGGACAACGGUGAAAUUGAAAAGCUUAGCCCAUGGGACAUGGAGCCUAUUCCUGAUAAUGUUGAUCAACCUGAGGAAUUAGGAGCUAGUCUUUCUGUAACUUCGGAAGAAAUGGAGAAGCUACUAUACAAACCCCAAGAGGGAGAAUGGGGGAAAAGAUCUCGAGAUGAAGUAUGUGAGCAGAUUAUCAGUGGCAUUGAUCAGCUUCUGAAUCUUGACAUUUCAGCAGCUUUUGCUGGUCCAGUUGAUCUGAGUACAUAUCCAAAGUACUGUACAGUGAUAGCUUAUCCAACGGAUCUUUGCACUAUUCGGAUGAGACUAAUCAACCGGUUUUACAGGAGGAUCUCUGCAUUGGUGUGGGAAGUCAGGUGCAUUGAAAGUAAUGCCAGCACCUUCAAUGAACCUAAGAGUGCUAUUGCUCGGUCUGCUAAGAAGAUCACUAAACAGCUGUUAAAGUUCAUCGAUGAUCCAGUUUGUACAAACAUAUUUGAGCUUAGUAAUACAACAGAAGAUGAGCAGGACUCUCUUGAUGCUGCUGAUCUGGAGAAUGAUAAAUGUCUUCCAAGAAGUUCUUACAGAAGAGUAAAAAGACGGGUUAUGAAGAGACGAAGCAAUGUGAAAAUUAACUAUGAUGAAAAUACCUGGAAGAAACAAUGUAUGGAACUGGUGAAUUUAAUUUUCCAAUGCGAAGAUUCUGAGCCUUUUAGACAACCUGUUGAUUUGGACCAAUAUCCUGACUACAGACAUAUUAUAGACACUCCAAUGGACUUUGGUACAGUGAAGGAGACACUGGAAGCUGGAAAUUAUGACAACCCGAUGGAAUUAUGCAAAGAUAUAAGACUAAUAUUUAGCAAUGCAAAAUCUUACACUCCAAGUAAAAGAUCAAAGAUUUAUAGUAUGACCUUGAGAUUAUCAGCGCUAUUUGAGGAAAAAAUGAGAAGAAUCGUUUCAGACUUUAAAACUGGCCAAAAACACAAUGAAAGACUACGAAGAAGCCAGAGAUGUAACAGGAGGUUGCAAAGUCAUAGCAUGGUACAGCACCCUAACAAAACACUCAGAAAUGUGAAGCAGAAACCCUUAAAAUCUCAGGCAAAAAUUGAAUCUGAGCAGGAAGAUUCUUCUACCCAACCUACCUCUAGCAGAGCAGCAUGUGUUACAAGCCAUAAAAUAAAUGCUAGCACCUAUCCCCACAGUUCUGGUGAAUCUUCUGAUUCUGCUUGCAUGUCCUCACGUGAAAGAAAUGGAAAAGCUAGAACUACACCCGUAACAAAUCAUUCUGCGUUGUCAUCAGAAAGUGAAAUAGAAGGCUCUUCGGCUUCUUUCUCUGCCUCCUCAUCAGGAUCUUCCUCCUCUUCUUCAAGUAGCUCAGAGGAAAGUAAAGAAAGCUCUAUGGCUCUUGCAUCCCCAGUAUUACACAAUGGCAUAUCCAGAGCAAAGAACAGCAGCUUUAGGGUAACCAGAAAUAGAGCAGCUCAAAGAAAGCAAAUGGGAUCGGUUUCUCAGGGGAAUAGAAAUAUCAGAAAAACUGCCAGGAAAAGGCUAUAUAGAAGUGACUCUGAAAAUACUUCAGCAGUGGCUUGUGAAUCAUUGAGUAACAAAACUGGUAGACAUAGAAAAAUUCCACGCAGAAGUGCUACUGUGGCUGCUAAUAAAUUAAAGCUGAUGAGUGAUGUGGAGGAAGAGAUCUCCAGUUCAGAAAGUAUUGGCAUUGGAAGCAAGAACAGAAAACUGCCCCACCGCAAUGCUUCUGCUGCAGCCAGGAAACUGUUGUUGGAAGGCUCUGAUGAUGAGACAGGUUUAAAGUCUGAAAGUGAAAAAGAAUUAAAAGAACCGUAUGCAAGGAAGAAAAAACUUUCUCAGCCUGGUUCAUCUGCUGCUAGAAGAAAAUAUAUUAGUGAAUCUGAAGAUGGAAGUUCAGAUUCUGAAACUGAUACAAGAAAGGCACAAAAAAAUAGGCAAAGCAAUAGCAAAAAACCACCACACAGGAGAGUCUGUGCUGCAUCUCCUAAAAUUAAAAAUCCCACAGUAGAAUUUUCAGAGGAUGACUCCAAAAGCCAUAAGUCAGAGGAUGGGAUCAGUCAGGAAGUGUCCAAACAGUCAACUUCUACACACAAACAGCAUGCAGUGAGCAACUCAUCUGAGGAUGAGGAAGAUUCUGAGUCACGCAGGUGGAAUGGUAGAAAAAUCAAGAAGGUGACGAGUCAAAAACCUGUAACUCCAUUCAAAAAAGCAAAAGUCUUGAGUGACUUGGAGGACACAGCAGAGUCUGAAACAGAAGUGAAGGAGAAUGGAAGAAGUUCUGUGUCAGAGAGCAUGGAAACUUCUGGGACUGCAGGGAGCUCAAAAUCUGGACCGGAUGCUAGUUUCAAUUGCUCUUCUAAUUUAGCAUCUGAAACUGAUACCAAUAAUAGUAACUGUAGCGAUGCCAUAAACACAAAAAGGAGGAAAAGGGAAGUCACUAAAAAAGGAUCUUUCUCUCAAGAGAAUGGUCAUAGCAGAAGAGCUACCAGGAAAAGGUUCUAUGGGAGUGACUCAGAAUAUUCAAAGGGGGCUUACAAAAUAGUGAAUGACAAAGAUGAUGGUCGUAGAAGAAUUCCACGUAGAAGUGCAACUGUGGCUGCCAGUAAAUUAAGACUAAUGAGUGAUGUGGAGGAAGAGAUCUCCAGCUCAGAAAGUGUUGGCAUUGGAAGCAAGAACAGAAAACUGCCCCACCGCAGUGCCUCUGCUGCAGCCAGGAAGUUGUUAUUGGAUGGCUUUGAAGAUGACACAGGUUUAAAGUCUGAAAGUGAAAAAGAACUAAAAGAACAGUAUAUUAAACAGAAAACGCUUUCACAGGCUAGUUCAUGUGCUAGAAGAAAAUAUAUUAGUGAAUCUGAAGAUAAAAGUUCAGAUUCUGAAAUAGGUGCACAAAUGGCACAAAAGAAUAGGCAAAGCAAUGGCCAUAAACAACCACACAGGACAGUCUGUGCUGCAUCUCCUAAAAUUAAAAAUCCCACAGUAGACUUCUCAGAGCAGGACUCCAAAAGCCGUAAGUCAGGGGAUGGGAGCAGUCAAAAGGUAUCCGACCAGUCAACUUCUGCACACACACAACAUGCUGUGAGCAACUCUGAGGAUGAGGCAGAUUCUUUGUCAUGCAGGUGGAAUGGUAGAAGAAUUAAGAAGAUGACCAGUCAAAAGUCUGCAACUCUUUUCAAAAAAGCAAAAGCCUUGAGUGAUUUGAAGAACACAGCAGAGUCUGAAACAGAAGUGAGGGAGAAUGGAAGACGAUCUAUGUCAGAGAGAAUGGGACCUUCUGGAAUUGCAGGGAGCUCAAAAUCUGGACCUGAUGCCAGUUUCAAUUGCUCAUCUAAUUUAGAAUUUGAUACUGAUUCCAAUAGCAGUAACUAUAGCAAUGCCACAAACACAAAAAAAAGGAAAAGGAAAGGAAAAACAAAAGUCAUUAGAAAAGAAUCAACCUCUGAGGAGAUUGGACAAAAUACAAAAGUGCUCAGGAGCAGGACAUAUAUGAAUGACUACAAAAAAUAUACAAAGUUUUCUAGUGAGACAUUAAAUGCCAAAACUGUUACUAGAAAAAAAACUCCAUGCAGAAGUGCUACUUUGGCUGCUAAUAAAAUUAAGAUAAUGAGUGAUAUAAAGGAAGAGCUCUCCAGCUCAGAAAAUGCGUGCACUGAAAAAAAGAACAGAAAACUGCCUCACCGGACUGUGUCUGCUGCAUCCAAGAAAAGGCUAAGGGACAGCUCUAAGGUAGAUGCCACUUUCAAGUCUGAAAGUGAAAAAGUAAAAGAGCAGCAUUUCAACAGUAAAACACUUUCUCAGCCUAAUUCAGCUACUGUUAGAAGAAAAUAUAUUAGAAAGUCUGAAAGGGGAAAAUCUGAAUCUGAAAAAGAGACAAAGAUGACACAAAAGAACAGGCAUAGUAAUGACGAUAAGCAGCCACACACAACUGUCCGUGCUGCAUCUCUUAAAGUGAAAAAUUCUGCAGUAGAAUUUUCAGAGGACGACUCCAAAAGCCGUAAAUCAGAGGAUGGGAGCAGUAAGAAAGCUUCUGACCAGUCGACUUUUGCACGCAAACAUCAUGCAGUGAGCAACUCUGAGGAUGAGGCAGGUUCUGAAUCAGGCAAGUACAAAGGUAAAAAAACCAAGGAGGUGACCGGUCAAAAGGCUGGGAUGUCUUUCAGAAAAGCAAAAUGCUUGAGUGCCGUAAAGGACACAGAGUCUGAAACAGGAGAGCAGGAAGGUGGAAGAAGUUCUGUGUGCCAGUGGACUGAUCCUUCUGGGACUGCAAAGAUUGGAAAAUCUGGAGCUGGUGCCAGUUCAAAUUGCUCUUCCAAUUUAGAAUCUGAAACUGAUUCUAGUAACAGUAGCUAUAGGAAUGCCACAAAAACAAAAAAGAGGAAAAGAAAAAGAAAAACUAAAGUAAUUAGAAAAGGUAAAAAUUCAAAUGUAUCUAAGCCUUCCAGAAGGCCCCAGCGAACAAAACGCUCUAAACUUAAUCAAGAAAAUGACUCUGAUGAUGUGGACUACACCAAAUAUAAAAGAGCAAAUCGACGUUCUAAAAUAAGAACUAGAAAUGGGGGUAGAAGGACUGUGAGAUAUGAUGAUGGUGGUGGUGAUGAUGAUAGAGGUCUAGAUGACAUAGAUUGUGGAACAUAACCUUAAGAGGAAAAGCCAGUCCGCUUUUUUUAUGGUAAUAGUGCUAGGAUUCAUGAUGAAUGCUGGCUCUUCUUUGUCCUAUAUUUCAGGGAAUAUAUUUAUAUUUUUCUAUGAAAAAGUUAUUAAUGUUAAAUCAUGACUCUCCUUUUCAUAUUUUGACUUGCACUUGCCUGCCCAUGCAGCAGCAUUUAGCACAGAUGCCAAAAUGUGCCUCAUUAUAGGGGCAAAAUUUUGUCUUUACUGGUAUUUUACUACAUAUAACAAGAGUUUAAAAAAAGUUAAACACCUGGCAACAGGUUAAUAGCAGUAUGUUGAGUAUUAUUUUGGGUGCUGCAAUGUGCUACUACCUGGGCCUUACAAUAUAAGUGCAUUCAAGAACAGCUGAUUUUAACACCUCUUAAUGUAUGAAAUCUCAUUCAACAGUAACAGACUUGCAGAUAUUACUGUACAUUAUAAAAACAGUGGUGAAUGAUGACAUUACAAACAUCAGAAAUAAUAAAUGAAUAUUACAUUAAUAAUUUGAAUUAGUACAGCUUUUCAAAUGUACAGUGCACUAUUGAAAAUACACAACCUGAACCAACUAGUAAUGGAAAAUAUAUAUUUACCAAUUUUUAAAAAAUGGUAUUGGUAAAAAUAGGGUUUUGCAGACAGGUGGUACUGUCAUUUUUAAUAUGUGACUUCCAUGCUGUAAAUUUGAGACCACGAAAUGCAGGUGAACUCUUGGGCCUAAGGGUUUGUGUGUGUUUAUGUUUAUAAAAUAUGAAAAGAAACAUGUGCUGUGUAUUUUUUAAAACUUGUGUAUUUAAAACUUGUUUAUCUUUUAAAUGGGUGAAAAGUUUGAGGCUCAGAAUAUUAUUUCAGAUGUGUUUGCUACAGUUGCCCACCUGCUUCUUUAAAUUUAAACUUUUUACCUUAAAAGUGCCUCAUUGUUAGAUUGUAGGUAAACCACACCAAAUUCUGAUUGUCAUCAUACAACAUCUACAUGCUGAUGUUUAAGUUGCCAUUGUUGAGAACAAAAAUAAUUUCAACUUAUUAUAACAUACAAGGGAAAGGGAGUUGGACAAUUGUUAAUGAGAUUAAUGUACAUUUUUCAAACUAAAAUAUGUAGUUCUGCAUCAGUUUCUGAUGCAAUUUGCAAAGUGUUCAAGGAGUGGUAUUUAAAUCCUUCUCAGUGGCUUUAUAUGUUGCAGUGCAGUAAGAAUCUCAAGAAGAAAGAUGUUCAUGAAUCUGAUAGCAUAAAGACUUUUCUUAAUGACAGUUUUAUUUCAGUGGUGCCCCUUCAUACCCAAAAUUCGUUCCAUUAGUUCAAAUCUAAUUGUUUUGCUAUCAACAUUUAACCCUUCACUUUGCUGCCAUAGAUCCGUGCUGUCUAACCUUUAGGGCUUAAGAAUCAAAAAUACUAUUUCAGUAAAGUCAAGGGACUACAAUAAUUUCUCUACCAUGUUUCUGCUCUUUGCACUGUUCUGGUGGUACAAAGGUAGUGGAAGCCAUCCAUAAGUCCACUCCUGGAGAUUCCCCCACUGUGGGGGUUGUCCCCCAUGGGCAUAUGGCACAUGUGUAUCCUACAUCUCUCUCCAAGUUCUGUAACUAACCACCUGCAUUGAGGGUGGAGAAGGGCAUGUUUGAGGGGUGGGAAAUUGGCUGGAAUAUUAGACUCUGGCUAUUUUAGCUGGCAGAUCAUUCCUUGAGAACCACAGCAAGUUGGCAAAAGUUGGAGCAGUCCCUAGACUGCUUCAAUCUGCACCAUUACUGAAGCCAGAGCUGUAACUGGUGGUUGGUUUCAACUUUUCUCCCCCUUUCCUCCCACAUUUCCUGAUCUUCCUUGGCUAGUUGUGAGGGAGAGGAGCCGUCCUUUGCUCGGUGCUCCCAUAGGAUCAGGAACAGGCACAGCUAGUCUGUAUUAAGCCUAAUGGAAAUCUAGUUUAUACCAUUUGUGCCCUAAUAUUUUGUUCCUUUUCUGAUUUGAAUAUAGCUCUUAAUUCAGUAUAUUUUUGUAGACGUUUGUGGGUUUAAAUUGUUCAUCUUUCUUUGUCUGAUUUUUUAAGCAGAGCAAAGAUGCCAAAGUACGAACCAGAUUGUCUAUUGAGAUUGUUCACUGUUUUAAGUGUUUUGUAUCUAGUACUUUAGAAAUGCCCUUCUCAGAAGGGAUAAAUGUUUGCUUUAUCUGAAAAUUAAUUGGCUGCAUUGUACAGUGGUUGCUUGGUUGGGCUGGUAAUUAGGGGUUUUGAAGUGUAAUAAUUAGGAGUCCUGGAGUAAACCCUUGAGGAUAUAAGGGAGCCUCAGAAUUCUUGCUAUCUAAUUGAAGUAUAAAUUAAGUAGGUCUGUUAGGAUUUUUAUUUUCACCCUUGGUGUGUAAUUUUUGUUUAGGCCUAGAUUUAAAGAGAGAUCUUUUAAAGUUCAAAUACAGUACUUUCAAAGGAAGUAUACAAAUAUAAUUAUAGGUUCAUAAAACAAGCCUAAAUGGUUGGGGACAAACUCUGCCCAUUGAUGCAUUCAAAGGGCUCUCAUUCUGUGCAUGAGAGGGGAAAAAUUGGCUUUUCUAAAGUACAGUCUUUCAUAAGUCAACUUGCAUUGUUCAUGCUACACAUUUACAAUAUUUGACAAUCAUUCUCUUACACACACCCUAAUCACUGGGAGAAAAUAGUAUUUUAUUCUAUGUUAUCAUAUGCUCCUGGGUGCUAUUUCAGUUUACUAUGUAUAGGCAGGUAGUAGAGGGUUCUGGUUACAACAGGAGGAUAAACAUUUAAAAGGUAAAUGGAAUUAUGGCUGCUGAUUCUUAUUUAGCAAUCUUCCACCCCUUUCUCCCAAAGUCAAACAAUUAUUCUUUCACAAGCAUCAUUUGAACUACAAGGCUAUUUUUCACUAUUUUAAGUCGUAACUCCAUUCUCAGAAAACAACUCCCUGCACUGCUGAAGGCUUUAUUGAUGUUACUCAGCAAUUGCAAGAGAGUUGCAGUAUUUACAACUCUGGGCUUGGAAAGUGUGGGGGAGAAGUGGAGGGGGAGGGAGAGUGAGGAACAGCAGUCCAUCCUGUUCUGUGUCAAGUUGUGGGCAGAAGAAAAUGUUGAAAGUGCUGCUUGGGCAAGCAAUAGAACUUGUCCACAAUGUGUAGGAAUGUGCUUGGAGGUGGACCCAGCUAAUACGAGCCCAUGUGCUACACCCCCCUUUGGGCCAUAGUAUGUGUUAUAGGGGAAGUGCUCAGCUUCCACCCCACCUCUACCUCCAAAUCUAAUUAGAGCAUACCCUGUUGUCAAUAGCAAGCAUUAACUGAUACAUUUAUGGAUGCCCCUGCCCAGAGCAGCAAUACACUGUACUCCACAAUAGGUUACUUCCACCUACCCUGUGGAAUAUUUCUGGCUGGCAGGUUUCUUGUAAAAGGAGAGGCACUAGGCUGCAUCUCUGUUCUUCAUUAUUCAUUGGAUAAAACAAGAUUGACUGUAAGAUGGAACAUCUAUUAUGAAUCCAGACGUUGAGGGGGGAACUUCAAUCUAGUUCUGUUGCUACUUGUAUACUUUAAUAUUAAAAUAGUGAUAAAAGAAACAUGUAUAUCAACAGAGAAAAUAAAUACUGCUUUUUCUGGAUCCCCAAUCUGAGA